CAAACCGGGCGUUUCUGUUGUGUCCUUUAAUUUUCGCGCGUGCUUCAGGAGAGCUUUGCGUGCCCACGGAGACGGAGAGAAACUCGUCAGAAAUUUCCUUCAAACCCUGACAGCCUCUAUCAAAAGUCGCGUUUGACAUAAACCAUCGAAAGUUACUUUAGCAAGAUGGUUGACAAUGCUUCAGCUGGGGAACAAUACGAGGAUUUUGGUCGUGAAACUUUAGAAUGCAGUAAAGAUUUAGAGAGGAUGACCGAACAGAUGGAGAAAAUUUCAGUGAAUGUGACCUGGAUGACGUACGACAUGGUGGUACUGAGGACUGAUCCUCAACUCGCAAAAUCCCUCAAGAGGCUGAAGAACGAAUUCGUCCAGUGUAAAGCUGUUAUCUGCGGCUCCGGAGACAAUCUAGUUGACCAACGUAUAGUUGCAAACCAAAAGACAACCCAAGAGUAAACGCUGAUUUAAAUAAUAAUAAUAAACUGAAGAUGCUUUUUAAUUUCCAUUUAAACUGCUAGUAAAAUAUUGUAAAACACACUUGGGUUUGAUUGACAACUGUUUGCUACUGAUAAUAAUAAUAAAAAACUUAAACAAGUUCAGUGUGGUUGAUAAUUUUAUGGCAGAAAUCCGUUU